AUGCUACGCCUUGGCUGUUUACAGUCAGUCAACACGGAAUUUGAAACCGUGGGAAUGGGACAGAUUGGAAUUAUACUACAUGAUUGCAUUCUUAUUUCUGGAGUCUGGUCACGGGUGUUUGCUACUCAUAGAAAAAACAAUUAUGGGAGAAAGAGUGUUUUGAUGAUAAUGGUGGUGUGGGUGCUAGCAUUAGCAAUAGGCACAGCAGCACAAAGUGCAAGUAAUGUUAGGGCAACAUAUCAUAUUUAUGAUCCAGAAAAAAUCAACUGGGAUUUUAACAAAGCAGGUGUAUAUUGUUCAACUUGGGAUGCCAAGAAGCCUGUGUUAUGGCGCGAAAAGUAUGCUUGGACUGCUUUUUGCGGUCCUGUCGGUCCUCGAGAACGAGCUUCUAGCGGCAAAUGCUUCCUUGUAACAAACAGAAGAACAGGAAAUAAAGCGAUAGUAAGAAUCGUGGAUAAAUGCGUAUUUAGCGUAUUAGACCUUGAAUAUAGUGUGUUCAGGCAAUUGAUACCGAAUGAUGGCUAUGCUAAAGGCCACCUUCAAGUCAAUUAUCAAUUUGUCAAUUGUGAUGAUAACGAUGUCGUAUCUGCUCAAUAAAUAUAUUUACGCAUCAUUGCUUGUGUCUUAUGUCUUAAUUAACUCGCUCUUUGAAUAACAAAUUACUCUUAUUGCACUGUUUGGGAGGUGAAAUGAAUAUUUGGACAUUAGAGAAUGGGGCAUUUUUAUUUUGGAAUUUGGUUUUUGUUGGCUUCACCCCUUGAAUUAUAUGGUUUUAUAUGAUGGGAGUUAAAGCCCUUAAAAUGUUUAUUAGUGUCAAAGUAUUAAUAAGUUAGAAUUAUAGAUAUCUUUAUUGCUAUGUUUUAUCAUUGUUUUGAACUACAUGUUUUAUUUAGCAUGGCAAAUUAAGUUCAAUUAGUUGUAAAUAUUAAGAGUACACGAUAUAGUCAUUACUAUGCUUAUAUGUUGAGCCAAGUCAAUCUUUGCUCAAAGAAGUUCAGAAUAUAUCGAGAUAUAUUAAAAUGUCUUCGAUAUUAUCGAAAGCCUCUAUGAUCCUUAGUUUGCUUAUAUUAUGGAGAGAUUAUAUUCUCCUUGAUUAUCUUCUUGUUAGUCAUGGUCGUGGUCAACAACACAGCAUCCCGCACAAAGUCAGAAUUCGAGAGAAAGGUAACGAACAAAUCAUAGUAGAUUUUUUAAUACUAAAUUUGUCACACUAAACUAUAUCAUUAUCAUCAUAAUACCCAGUGUAUCCCGCUCAUAGAAAACUAUGGUCAGGGUCUGAGGAGGGAAGAAAGACGACAGCUCAUCUCCAUAGAGGAGAGUGUAGGCAAAGAGUCCCUAGGCUCGAGAAAGGUCUUCAAAGAGUUUGUAGAAAAAUAUAAAGUAGAAUAAAAUACAGAUAUUAUUUCAUUAUAUUAUGUUUUAGGAAGUCAAGAUCUUUUUAAUAUUUAGGACAUUAAGGUUAUUUUGUUUCCUAUUAUUUAGGUUUAGGUUAAUAUUUUGUUUCCUUAUUUUAGUCAUAAUCUUUUGUAUAAAUAGAAGUGUUACCUCUCAUUAGUAAUUAAUACAAAUCCAGUAUUCACCAGACUAAACCCUAACCAAAUUCCGCAUUAUAAUUUUCUACAUGGUAUCAGCGCCAUAAGGUUUUCCUGGAUGGAAAAACUCUAUCGGUAUUUUAUCAUUGAUCAUAAUCGACGAAAAUUGAUCUAAACAAAAACCAAAUCAAAACAAAAGACAAUCAAACCAAACCAAAACAAAACAAACAAACAAAAAAAUGAUUUCAAUGGCACAUGUGGAACAAAUGUUCUUCCUCUUCUAAAAAUUUAACCAAAAAAUCAAUACAAGACCAAUAGUAUCGGAAAAAUUGAACUACCAAAAUUACACCACCAGGUGGUGUAAAGAAAUGAAGACCGAAAUUAGUGAUCGGGGGAGGCUCAAUCAUAUCACUAUCGUCCCACCGACCACCACAAUUGAACAAUGGGAGCAAAAUGAUAGUAUGGUGAUGUCAUGGAUCAUCGAAAAUAUUGACAGAGACCUUAUAGAAUGUUUUCUUGACUACACUACCACCGCUCACAAACUAUGGACAAGAAUUUAAUUCAUUCUCGGACCAAUUUCGUUACCUCAUUCAGAGUGAGGUCGCGAGGGGGAGAAAUAGAGACAAGGGAGAAGAGUCAAAAGAGAACCGAGAAGACCAAUCAUCAACCGCCCACGGCCCACCCCAACAAUGGGUGAACGCCACCAAAGCUCAGAUAAACCGAACCGGCAGCAAGAUCAAAUUCAACCAAGCACCUCUCGAUGCCUGGCCAACGUCUGAAAUUCUCAACAAAAAAUUGAGACAAGCCCCUUAUGUGGGAAAUGUGGUCAAUAUCUACAAGAGUUUGAAUGCUUCUUUCUCUAUACAUAUACUCAAUUCAGAUAUUGAAGGAAAUGAAAAAAAGCAAGUCAAACUGGAGAGAGAAAUAGGGAUGGAGAUAAUUGGGGCAAGAGUUUACUUUUCAAAAUCAAUCCUACCUAUUUCCCUUGACCCACGCAAAUCCCUUGACCCACAAAAAUCAAUCCUACCAAUUUCCCUCAUGAAAAUCCCCUACUCAUUUACCUUACAAAAAUCCCUUACAAAACAAAGAAAAAAGAAAAAUCUUACCACCCAUAAAACCUAAACCCAAAACUAAAUUAAGACCACACUCCAAAAUUCGAAUCUUUGAUCCAAAUAACAAAAUAAACCAGCCCAAUUUAUUUUUUGACCUUUUAUCUAAAUCCGAAAAUUGAAAGUUAAUUAUGAAAAAUUUGCAGAGGAGAUAAUCAAAAUUUCCUUUGUAAAAUCAAAAGAUCAACUAGCGGAUUUUCUGUUAAGGCGAUUGGAUUCGAAAACUUGAAAAUUAUUGUGCAAAUUCGAUUUCGGUGAUCCCGAGACCUAACUUGAGGGGGAG